UCCGUCAGAUUGAGUCCACUCCCUGCUUAGCAAUCAGACUCGAGUCUCGGAGGAAAUGGAAUUAGCACUUGGUGAUCAGGCACUGUUUCUGGUUUUCUCAUUUUUCUAAUUGCUAUGUUUCGCCACAUGUUCUUUGCUGCUCUCCCGGGCAGUUCCUGUGACACUUUGAUCUGAUAAAGGUCAGCGGUCCCAGCUCACCUCCCCAUUCCUGCAGUAACCGCUAGUUUUAAUGAAUAGGUUCCUGUCGAUGCAACAAAUGAUCCUGCUCUUGUUCUAAUCUGACACUUCCUGGGUUCAGACAAUAGGCUGCUGCUCCGGGGUUUAAACAGUCCCUCCAACCUCUCCACAAGGAAGCUCAUUACCAGGCCGACUCUCUGUCACAGAUCUAUAAUUCAUGUCUCCUGUGGCUCGGUGUGUGGUGCUGAUGUUGGUGAGGACAGGACAGCUAUAGGACAAUCCAUCAGCUUCAGACUGUGGGCAGGAGCCGUGUGUGUGUGUGUGAGAGAGAGAGAGAGAGGGGAGAGAGAAAGCCGGGUGGAAACUGACCGAGGGUCACUGUUGCCGACAAUCAGACACUGGAGAGAAACAUGGAACCAAAAAGCAGGAAGAAGAUCAAUUUCUCGGUGCCGUCAAGAUGCAGUCACCUGGAUACCGGAGCAGUGGAGAAGAUUCGUAGACGGAGACCUACUCCAGCGACACUGUUCAGACUCUCUGAUCAGUCAUCACCAGAAGAGGAGCCAGAUUUCUACCAGAGAUUGCCCUCCACUGACAGUGACAUUCUGAAAUCCAAGCGAGCCACUCCAUCCUGCUCAUACACACCUCCCUCAUUAAAAGCUGUUCAGCACAUUGUGCAAUCCCAGCUUGGAGCUGAGUCCACACGUUUGCAGUUGAAUGAUACCCCCUCAGAUGUGGCAGAGUGUGACAGUGUUGUCUCUGAUUCCUCUGAAAUUGGCCUGCUCCAAAUAGGCCAAGAUCCGCGGACAGACCAAAAAGCAUGGCCAAAACCCAGCCUUAGAACACCAGCAGUGGGCACUGCCACAACUGGGACAGAGGCGGAGAAAUCCCCAGCACAAUGCAGACGGUGGACACUCACUGACCAACAGGACUGCGAGAUGCCCUGACACAAACCAGAGGCUUUGUGACCCGGUGCUCACCUUCAACUUGAAUGCUUUGAGUAGCUUUGCUGACCAUCAUCCUGUUUAUAAUUAAGUUUCUGUACCAAACUGAAAUCACACCUUUGGAUUUUUACCUUGUCUUUGAAUUUUGUAGUGGCCCCAAAACAGUUCAGUGCAGAGAUUUAACAAUCAUUCGAAUUAAGGACAGGAGUAAUCCAAUAAGAUCUCAGUAUGGUCUUUACUUUCUGCCCAUCCUUUGAUUCCAAUGUGUGAUGAUCUCAACUGGUGUUAUUAUCAGACAAGUCUAAUCCCAGACUGAAAUCUGAUUUGAGAGAUCAAACUUGUUUUGUUUUGGUUUUAAGGAAGUGGUUUCUUGCUGAGACUAGCACACAAUACUGCAGGUUCUACUUAACAAUGAAAUAGUUUAUUAAGCAAAAGAAAUUUAAGAUAAAAUAGAAUUGAUUAAUCUAGUUACUUGUAAAUUGAAAGAGUUUUUGACAGACAGUAAAAGUAUAAUCCCAUUAAUCCCAAAACAUACCUUUAUAAUAUUCAGAACAAAAAUAAAUUCCCUUGUGCAGUACUAA